GACUAUAGUAGUUGGUGUCAAUCGCUGGAGAUUGUGUUCCGUGUGGCUACCACCACUACUACUUGAUGGAAACAUAACAGAAAAUAAUUGAAAACGGAUCCAAGCUGAGUCUAUGAUUCUAUAUAUAUGUUGGAACACCCAAGUGCGAUAAAACACACCAAGCUACAAUUUGAAGCAAAUGGAUAGUGUUAUAGUAAUUAGAGGAGCAGUACUGUUGGUUGUGAUAACUUGUUCGAUUGCUGGUGGCAGCGAGGGCCGAAGCAUAUUGGUUGGAGGCUCUCAAGGGUGGCGUGCUGGCACCAACUACACCGAAUGGACCAUACAAAACAGCCCCUUCCACAUCAAUGAUACACUAGUGUUCAAGUAUCCAGUACCAAACAAAGCCACAGCGGCGCAGAGUGUGUACGAGCUGCCCACCAUGUGGAGCUACACAACGUGCGAGUUCCGGGGUGCAAAGCUGUUGGGGAACACCCAUGAAGGUGGCGGAGAGGGAUUCAAGGUGAAACUCGAUCAGUGGAGGCCUUACUACUUUGCCUCUCCCGAAAACGGCGCCGGUGACUGCAUUGCUGGACUCACCAAGUUCAUUGCCAUACCAACUCCAUAUUCAUCCCACCACCGCACUCCUUUCUCUCCCUAAGCUACCUACAACCAUAUCAUUAUUAUUAUUACUAUACAAUCUUGAUUUCUACUAUUUAAAUAAAUGGAUGGGAUACUCUGCUCCCACCAAGUUAAGCAUACCAUAGUGCUUUGUUUUCUUUGGUUAA